AUGAAGAUCUCAUAUUCAUCCAGCCAUCAAUCUCUCGACGAUUCUGCCUACGAUCUGGUUACCUUCCUACGAACACACAGCCUAACCUCCGAGAGAAUCUACGGCGAUAAGACUCAAAUCCCCAGCCCCAAAACCAUUGCUAGGUUAGACAUCGCCACAAAGGGAAUCGAUACCGUUAAGAUGAACAUCCCUGGCCAGUUUUCAAUCCCUACGGUUCAGUUCGCUCGGUGA